UAUAUAUAUUUUUUUCUAUGCUGGCACUUUCCGGUUGCCCAUAAACUAUGUUCGUUUUUUCUCUCGUUUGAAUACUGGUCUCGAAGUAAAACUAUCGUUAACAAGUGCGUCGAAAUUACUCUUAUUUUUUCGCGAGUGCUGUUAAAAUGGGAAAAAGGAAGAGAGAUAAAGAAAAAGAUGAAGUUUAUAUUAAGAAAAAGAUAAAAAAACUUCAAGAAAAGCUGCAAAGACAUUCCGUCGAACCAGAUCGCAGUUCUACUCCUCCUGUACAACCGCAGUCGAAGACUCCGCAGCAGCCGCCGACAGAAGACUCUUCACCAUCACCGGCGUCUUCACCGUUGCAUACUAGGCCACACGAUGACCCUGAUAUAAAUGCAGAAAUUGUGGACGAUGAACUCCCUGAGGAGUUCCUACUUGCUCUGGGGACUGAAGGUCAGGAACAGGCAGAAGUUGGAAACCCUAUCAGACCUGAAUUGGCCUCCCGCUGGACAAAAAUUAUGAAUGACGGCUUGGGUAAAGAGGCUAGAGAAGCAAUUGUGAAAAAAUACCCUCCACCAGCCAAUUUUUCUGCUGCAAUAGCACCGAUAAUUAAUCCAGAGAUUGCGUCUACACUCUCAGAUCCCUCGGUCAAAAGAGAUAAAAGGAUUAUGAUAAGACAGGGCUUAACAGGCACAUUAUUGUCUUGCCUAGGAAAAUGCUUAACUGACGUUUUACUAGGAAAUAUUAACUCUAAAAAGUUAAUUGAAGAAAUCAAUGACGCUGCGAAGUUGGCUGGGGAAAUCCACCACCAUGAUUCAAAUUCGAGAAAAUUCUUUUGUUUGGCUGGAGCGAAUAAAACCAUCCAAGAUGCUAUUCGUCAUCAAAAGACCGAUAAGUUUUUAUUUGGUACAGAUUGUGCUGACAAGAUCAGAGCUGCACAAACAAUCCAGAAAACUUCAAAUACUAUUAAGAACCAUCCAGAGAAAGAAAAGAAGCAGCAGAAACAAGCAGCAAAUAACAAACAGUUCAAGCAGUUAAACUGGAAGAGCCCACCACAAUACAGUCAGCAGUAUCAUCGGAUGCGUGGUGGGCAACAAUACCAUCAACCCCGGAAGCACUACAACCAGCCUCACCGGAAAGAGAGACACAGCUCCCACAAGCAGAGGUCCAGAUAUCACCGAUAGAACCUGAGGUACAUGCAGGUAGACUUAAACAUUUUAUUGACAAUUGGCUUGAGAUUACUGAUGAUCCAAUAAUUUUGAAAUGGCUGGAAGGGUACGAAAUUCCAUUUCAUACUAUUCCUCCGCCUCAUGAGGCAAUACAAAAAGUGUGGCAUGGAAAGGAAAAAGAAAGUAUGACCUGUGAAAUCCAGAAAUUAUUUAAACUUGGUGCAAUUUCACAGUGUUCUCCAGACCCCAAUCAGUUUACAUCUCCAAUUUUUUUAGUACCAAAACCCAAUGGUUCAUUUAGAUUUAUAUUAAAUCUAAAAAAGUUGAAUGAAUAUGUAAUAACACAUCAUUUUAAACUAGAGGAUAUUAGAACUGCUUGCAAAUUGAUAUCAGAAAACUGUUUUAUGGGUUCCAUUGAUUUGUCAGAGGCAUAUCUUUCCGUGCCAAUUGCGGAGACACACAGGAAGUUUCUAAGGUUCCAAUUUGAUGGACAAUUAUUUCAGUUUAACGCUUUACCGUAUGGCCUAUGCUCAGCUCCCUAUGUUUUCACUAAAUUAGUUAAACCAGUUAGUACCUACCUCAGAGAACAAUAAUAAUUUUGACAUGCUACCUAGACGACAGUAUUUAUUUUAACCAAUCAUAUAAUGGAUGUUUAAAUGAUAUCAAAGUAGCAUGUAAACUAUUUCAGGACCUAGGG